CAUCUAAUUUCUCUCUCGUGUCAUGUCAUGCAGCAACUAGCAAUGUGUAACACCCCAACAUAAAAAGGCUUUUAACCCCUUUCUUUUCUCUAUCGCACCCAACGACGUUUGUUUCUCUUAGCCAGCUCAUUCUUUCUCUCUCUAUAUCUCUCCUAAACAUUACCUUCUUUGUCUGUCUCUCUAGUGACACUUUCAACGUUUUCUCCACCAGAUCUCUAGGAGAUGCGGGCUUCAUGAGAGACUCCCUAUUUCUCUUGUUUUAACCCGUUUGUGGUUUUCUGGGUUUUUCCUCUUAUACAAUACCCACAAACCAAAAUCCUUUUUUUUUUUUUUUCUCGUUUUGGUGCUCUUGGCUCGAAGAUCUCGCUGUGGGUUUUUGGGUUUGCCAUAACAGAGCGAGCGAGAUGGCGAAUGGGUUAGAGAAAGAGAUAUUGUUUAGCGAUGAAGAGUUGAGAGAGAUGAGUGGCGUCAAGAGAGGUGGAGAUUACAUAGAGGUGACAUGUGGGUGUACUAGCCAUAGAUAUGGUGAUGCUGUUGGUAGGCUUAGGGUUUUUAUCAAUGGUGACCUUGAAAUUACCUGUGAAUGCACCCCUGGUUGCAAUGAAGACAAGCUGACUCCAGCUGCAUUUGAGAAGCAUUCUGGAAGAGAGACAGCAAGAAAAUGGAAGAACAAUGUCUGGGUCAUAGUUAAUGGGGAAAAGGUUCCAUUGUCAAAGACAGUAUUGCUCAAGUACUACAGCCAAGCAUCAAAAAAUGCCAAUGGCUCCCACAGAUCCUGUAAUGGACGAGUUUGUCAUCGCGAUGAGUUUGUUUGCUGUAGUAAGUGUAAAAAGGAAAGGAGGUUCCGAUUACGGACCAAAGAAGAGUGUCGAAUUCACCAUGAUGCUUUGGCUGAUGUGAACUGGAAAUGUGCUGAUCUGCCAUUUGACAAAAUCACAUGCGACGAUGAAGAAGAACGCGCAAGUCGUAGGGUAUACAGAGGCUGCACCCGGUCCCCAACAUGCAAAGGUUGCACUUCCUGCGUGUGCUUUGGGUGUGAAAUCUGUCGUUUCUCAGAUUGCAGUUGCCAGACUUGCAUCGACUUCACAAGGAAUGCAAAAGCUUAAGUCCAAUGAUGCUUUUAGCACUGAUGAAGAUAUUACCCUUUUUUUGGUGGUCCUUUUAUGGUCAUCAUUUACUUCCAUCUGAUCCCAUGUCCCACAUUUAAGAAAGCCUCCACUGACAUUCUCUCAUGUUAAAACUUGAAAAAUUCCAGACUCUGGGUUCAGCAUUCAUCCCAUUGGCUGUUAUAUAACAUUGAAAUUAGUUAUUUAUCCUUCAUCAAUUUUUUUGGCUUGUA